GAUCGAUGUGGCUACUUUCCGUCCAUGCGCAUCGGCAACAACUUCCAGCUGCUCGAUCACCCAGCCAAACUACAAAAAAGUGAAUCGGCUUUCCGUCCCAGAUCCCAAUUCCAUUUUCAAUUCCAUUUGUUGUGGUAUUUGGGCGAAUUUACACUCCCUUCUGUUCCCUUCCUCGUCACGCCAAAACCCUUCCUUUUGUCUUCACCCUUCCUUUUGUCUUCCAUGGAUAGGCUCGUCUCCUCCACGUUCUCUUCUCGGACGGCUGCACCCCUGCGCCACCAUCUCACUAGGGUUCGCCCUUUCCAUCCGCUUCGAUCCCCCUCCGAUCUAAAGUUUGGGCCUUGGUUGACCCCGCGUCGGCCCUUCAAGGUCGAUGCAUCGUUGAUCUCCAGACGGGACGGGCCGCUUCCUGGCCUCACGCGCCCUUCUGCCGCUCUGAUUUCUCGGUCGCAGGGUGAAUCCGUCGGUGGUAGAGGAGAAUCGGAAGGGGUUUCUGCACGAAAGGUUGCACGAUCAGUUGUGGUUGCCCUUUCAGUAAUUAUACUUGCAGUAGUCCAACCUAUUCUAGCGCAACCUUCAUUUGCAACAGUGCAGUCUGCCGCAAAAUCCAGUGAACACUUCAUCAAAUCUGAGUUACUAAGCAGUGCUUGGACUGGCUUUUUUGCUGGUUGCCUUCAUACAUUAUCUGGUCCUGACCAUCUUGCUGCCUUAGCUCCCUUGUCCAUUGGAAGAACAAGAAUAGAGAGUGCUAUAGUUGGAUCCCUUUGGGGUUGCGGUCACGAUGCAGGUCAAAUGAUUUUUGGAUUGCUGUUUCUUCUGCUCAAAGAUCGUUUACACAUCGAGAUCAUUCGCACCUGGGGAACUAGAGUUGUCGGUAUAACUCUUCUAGUCAUAGGUGCUAUGGGAAUACGAGAGGCUUCUGAGGUACCCGCCCCUUGUGUUGCUCUCGAGAAUGGCGAGUGCCUUGCUGAGCCACUGGAUAUUAGCUCCACAGUGAAGAAAAAAAUUGGAUUUGCGACUUUUGCAACCGGUAUUCUGCAUGGUCUGCAACCAGAUGCACUGAUGAUGGUCUUGCCCGCACUAGCACUUCCAUCCCGGGCAGCUGGUGCUGCCUUCCUAUGCAUGUUUCUUAUAGGUACUGUGUUUGCGAUGGGGAGUUACACAGUAUUCAUCGGUUCAUGCACGGAAGCACUGAAAGAGAGGGUACCUAAGAUUACAGAGAAACUGACAUGGGCGGCUUCACUAGUUGCUAUAUCUCUGGGAUUUGCUCUUCUUAUUAGUCAGCUCUUUGGCUUCAGCUUGUACUAAUUCUUUUCAUCGACAUUUUUUUCCCCUUUCCAAUGUUAAAUCUCUACAGAGGAGUUUGUUCAUCUAAGAAUUAGCUUACUUUGAACAAUGCCAUUCCAUUUCAGCCGCUGGGCAUCCGAGACUUUGUUUAUGUUUACAGGAGCAAAGAUUCAACAGUAUUUGUUAUUUA